AUGGAGGGCUGCGAUCACAAUGUGCCAUUGGAAAACGUUGUGGCGAUGUCGCGGCUUUUGGGAACGUGGAUCCAGUGGGAGGUGCGGACGUGGAAAGAAAGUGAGGAAAAAUUGGCGACGGAAUGGUAUGGGCUUCCUGGGAAGGAGAAAACUACUUUCCCGAAAGAUUGGCUGGAGAUUGCUACUAGCUACACUGGUAAGAAGAGCAGGGCUAAGCUAUAA